AGAGAGAGAGAGAGAGAGAGCACAGCAUGAAGAAGAUCAAUCAGCUGAUACUGAGGAAGUGCAAGAGCUUGUCCCGGCAACUGGCGAGAUCGUCGUCCUACAGCAACCUCAGGUCGAAGUCGGCGAGGGACGUCGAGCUGUGGUGCGGCAUGCGAGAUGACCGCGACGAGCCUCGCGAGACCGUACUCGUCGGGAGCUCGAGGAAGCGUUACGUGAUCAGCUCCAAGCACUUGAGCCACCCCUUGUUGAGCGCUCUCAUCCAGAAGUCCUCCUCCUCCUCCUCGCCGCCCUCGUCGACCAAGCAGAAGCCUGGAGACGGGGACGGUGUCAUUCAGGUGAAGUGCGAAGUGGUUCUCUUCGACCACCUCCUGUGGAUGCUCGACAAUGCCGACCCGAGCAUCGGUCCCGAGUCGCUGGAAGAACUGGCCGAGCUUUACGUGUUCUGACGACGAUAAGGGCUCUGUUUCCUCUACACUACAAAUUUCAUCUAGAUCUCCAGAUA